GUUCCGAGAUUUCAAUAGAGUUUCAAGCUUUUAUCUUCUGGUGAGUUCGAAUCCAAAUCCAUGGGGAAGAUCCUCGUAGAAAUCUGUUUGAUAUCAGCUCGAGGGCUCCGUGUCGGAAUUGGAAUCGGAUCGUCUCUACUGAAACACCAAUGGUACGCCGUUGGGUGGCUUGAUCCAGAAGACAAGUACUGUACCACAAUCGAUGCUUCAAGAUCAGACAAUCCUGUCUGGAGAACAAAGUUUGCCACUUUACUCGAUGAUUCAUCGAUUCAAGAUACGAAGUUGGCUUUGCAAGUCGAAGUUUAUAGCAGAGAACCCUUGUUCUUAAGGAAGAGGCUUCAUGGCUCUGCUACUGUUUCCUUGAAGGAGUUUCUGACUAAGUAUAAGCAACAACAGAGUUCUUCGAAAGCUGUAAUUCAAGAAACUGGAAGCUAUCAGCUUAGGAAGACGAACUCGAGCAAGCCUCAGGGUUUUGUCGAUGUCUCGAUACGUAUCUCUGCAGAACAAGAGGAUUUUGGGGGUUUUACUGGAGAUUUUGGAGGAGUCAUGCUCUCAAAGAACUCGGAUUACAACACUUCAGGACAGGAUUACAUGGCUGGUUCAUCGCAGUAUCCAUUUGUUCCAUUGGACCAGUCAAACCCAUUCUCAGUUCCGCCAUCAAAUAACCACCACUCAUCAAUGCCUAACCCUCCAAUGAACAACACCAACCCUCAAAUGCAACAACCUUACUAUCCUCCACCAAUGCAACAACCUUACUAUCCUCCACCAAUGCAGCCACCACCACCUAUGAACUCAGGGUACAUGCCUACAUACAUCCCGAAAUCAGAGAAUGUUACGAACAUUUCAUCGUCAUCAUCGGGAGGAGUACCAGGAGGAGCGGGAAGAGGAUAUGCAAGGCCUGGACCAGGGUUUGCUGCAGGAUUGGGAGCUGGUGCAGUACUUGGAGCUGGUGCAGCUUUAUAUGGAGGCGAGUAUAUGUCAGGAAUCGACUUACCUUCAAGCUUACCUCACCCAAGUGUCUCCAUUUCCAUUGAUCCUCCAUUUUGAUGCAGCAACAGCUCGAUUCAAUAUGGUGCGUUGUGAGAUUAUCUGAAACAUUGUAGAUGAUUUGUAACUGAUAUGAUAAGAGAUCCCAGAUUCAAGAAACAUAUAAAAUGGAGGCCUCAGG